UUUUGUUUUUUCCUUGCUCAAUAAUUAUAAUAUUAUAAUAAUAUCAACAAUGAAAUUAUGUUAUAGGAGAUAUAUAAAUUUUAAAAUUAAUUUAUUAUUUCUAUUAUUAUUUUUAGAAUUUGUUAAUUCCCAAAAUGAUGGCAUUCAGUUAUUUUAUAAUAUCCAGGCAUUUCAUUUUAGAUAUGAAAGAAAUCCAGAUUUUGAUAUACCAUUAGGAUCCCUUGGUACAAGUGGGGUUGUAAAGAAUAAUUUAGGACCCGAUGGAUAUCCAGUGUAUUGUUGUGGAGAUGAUUCAAAAUAUACAAGAGAUGGUAGAACAUUAUUGGUUAAUAACGCAGAAACAUUUGCUGAAUGGUGGAAAGGAUCUAUAAACGAAACAUAUUGCGAAAACUAUGGCACCCUAUUACCAUUAGUUCUUGGCGAACAUACUCAAAAUGGUGGUUACUUUUACACAACUCCAGACUACAUUAGAAAAGAAUUUUCAGGUCGUGGUUUCAAUAAUUACACCGAGUUUCCGGAUUAUAAAGAUCAAGGUGAUGUUUUCUCAUUUUGUUGGAAAACUGAAUUGGACUAUAUGUUUAUACCAGGGAGUAAAAAUGUUGGCACAAUUUCCGUAAUUUAUCCAGGGGAAAUUUUACUUUAUAUCGAUGGUGUUUUAAAAAUUAGUAGAAUGGGUGUUUCAUCUGUAGGUAAUCAAUUGUUAACGGUUACAGGAGAGCCAAAUAAAAAAUAUCAUAUAGAUAUCUUUGGAUGUGAUAGAGCGGUUAACUCAUUAUGGGAAAUUAAUGUUAGGUUUUUUGAUAUGAUUACAAUGUGUGAUAUUAAUGCAUGUGGUACUUGCGGCUAUUCAGUGUGUCCUGAAACUUGUAAUCCCGAAAAAUCAUGUCGUAUUUUAACACCAAAGUGUGGUUCUUGUUUAGAUAGCGGCCCAAAGAAAUGUGAACCUGAAGGUGGUAAUCCAGAUAAAUGCAUUUCCUAUUCGUGUGUUGAAGGAACAGGUUGUGUAAAGAAAACUAUACCAGGCUGUGUAUGUAGGGAGGGUGAAACUUGUAUAACAGAAGAGUUUUGUUUUCCUGCAGUUUGUGAAAAUAAUAAAUGUGUUAGAAAGCCCUUGAAUUGUACGGCAGUAAUAGGAGGUGAUUGUGAUGAUUCCGUUUGUAUUAAAGAUCAUUGUACUUGUACACAUCACUAUACCCUUCCACCAUUAGCUACAACUACUACAGCUACUGCACUUACAACUACUACAACUACAAUACCCACUACAACUACUACAGUACCUACAAUCACUACAACUGUAACACCAACUACUCGUGUAUCAACAAUAAAUCCACAAGAGAUUACUACAGGGAGAACUUCUACUACUGGGAUUGGCUCAACAAUUACUCCUUUUACUACUCAUAUUGGUCAUACUAUUCAUCAUUCUAUAACACUAGCUACAAUCAGUGCAAUAGCUACUUUACAUUCGACCACUUAUCUCCCUGUGACACUAUCACACACAAUAGCCUCAAUUUCUACCAUUGAUAUUCCAACAACAAUAGCUUACAACUCGAUAACAAUUGAUUCAACUUCUCUUUUCCCAACAAUAGCUUCAUCAUCUACAACAUCAUAUCUACCUUUUUUGUGUAAUGAUCUAUGUUGUCCUACAGGUUACUGUUGUAUUCAAUUACAUUAUGGAUAUACUUGUGUUUCACCUUAUUUUGAAAGAGAAUGUAGUAUUGAAAGAUUAAAUGAUUUUUAUUAACUAAAAAAAAUAUACUCUAUGUUAAUUUACAAAAGAAAAAGAAAUAAAUUUUUAAAAAAGAAAAACAAACUUUAGAAAAAUU